AUAAAAUAAACAAGAUAUAAUAUAGCGAUUGCGAUUAAUCCAGUAUUAAAUUAUUAUAAGCCAAAUAUGCCGUGUUUUCGUGGUGUUCUAUAAGUGUAAUCUGUUUAUUUAAAGUUUGCUGUAACUAUUCGGACAUUUGAAAAUGAAGGCGAUAAUUUUAAGCGUAUUUUUGGUCACUUUAACUAAUGCAUCCCUCCUCUCAAGAUCCUAUCAGCGGAUAUCAGGAGGCACCUCGGCACCCAUCAACGCAUAUCCAUUCGCCGCUGCCCUGAUCACCAACGCUGGGGCUGGCUCCUACCAGCAGGCGUGUGGCGGGUCCAUCCUCACUGACUCAGCUAUCCUGACUGCCGCCUCUUGUUUCCACACCGAAGGAGUAGAGCACCCGAUCCACUGGUCGCGAGCUAGAGUAGGCUCCGUAUACGCAAACUCUGGCGGAGUGACACACCUCAUUCGUCUCAUUUCCCGCCACCCCUCCUACAACUGGAGAGAGGGAGACGGCGAUAUCGCCGUGUUGCGUCUCACGUUCCCUCUGGCUCUGGGCCCGAGUGUCUCCGCUGUGAAUAUCGCUGGCGGCGCGUAUCCUGAUCUGGAGAAUCAGCAACCUAUUGAUGCUAUUGGUUGGGGCUUGCUUUCCGAAGGUGGAGACUCCUCCAUAGCGCUCCGCUCCGUACAGUUCUGGGCAGUGGACCGGCAGCUGUGCCGGCAGCGGUACGCGGCACGAGGGUUCACUGUCACCGACAACAUGGUCUGUGCCGGCUGGCUCGAUGUCGGCGUCAAGGCUCAGUGUGAGGGCGACACCGGCUCCCCGCUCCUCCACAACGGCGUGGUGGUGGGGGUCUACUCCCAGACGGCGGGCGAGUGCGCCGAGGGCCGCUACCCCGGCAUCAACACGCGGGUCUCCGCGUACACGUCGUGGAUCAUACAGGAGGUCAGGACGCAGCUGUGAGGAGGGUUAGGGUUAAUAAAUUAUUUGGUUUGCUUAAGGA